AAAAGUGAUUUACUCAAAUACCGAAAAAACAAGGAAAAUAAAGAUGGAUAAGAAAGGAUAAAUUCACAAGCUAGGGCCCCCGGGCCUGUUAGCCAUGUGAAUAGGGCAUUAGUCCUUGGACAAGGGUACCCCAAAAAUGGAAAGGUGCUUCCUGAGUUUGGCUUAUCCAUCAUUUCUAUUAAAAUUUGCCUUCUAAAUAAGAUAGAUACCAAAUUAUUUAAAAGAGGGGACAUUCAUAUGAAAUGACAUUUCUAGGAUUUUGAGGCUUUGAGAAGAAGCAACGAAUUUUGGGCUUCUGCAGUCUCUAGAAUGUACCAAUCAGGGCAUUUUCCAUUUUUGACCCGUAAACAGAACAUAAAAAAGGGGAGUGCAUUGUCAUUCCACUUGUGAUGACCGGAGAACCCCGUAAAAAGUCCGAAAAAGCAACUAGAUGGCCCACAGUGCGUCCGUGUGACCGACACGUGUAGAAUCUUAUCCGCUUCCCCUUCCAUACCCCCAUAAAAAUAGUAAACCCAAGCCGUUAAUCAUGCCAAACUCCACUUUCCCCUCUCUGCUUCUAUUUUUAUCUCGUCGCUCGUGACAAACCAUGUCGAUGGCCACCGAUCUCAUCUCCUUCCGGCCCAUCGGAAUCCGGGCCUGUGCCGCCUCCUGCGAUUCUCAUCGCCGAUCCACCUCCUCCAACUGGUGGACUCCUCUCUUCGGCUGGUCCCCCGAUCCCGACUACAUUGACCCCGAAACCAAGACGCCGAAUCCUGUCGCGCAGAGCAGAUCCGAGCAGGAUCUUGAAACGAAAACCUCCAGAUCCCGGUACGCUCCUGGCUGCUUCACGGAGGAGAAGGCCAAACAGCUCCGGCUGGUGACCACCAGUACUUCGUCAUUUCACGAUGCGAUGUACCACUCCGCAAUUGCCUCCCGCCUCGCUUCUGAUUUCAAGAAACGCUCCGAUCUAUGAGUUCGGUUGCCGGCGAGUAAAGAAUAAUUGUAGGUCAACGUGUUCUCGAUCUUGAAGACGGUGGUGUAUGUUUUAGUGGAGUUAGGAAUGAUUAAGAAUGUAAUUAAUAUUAUAAUAAUGUAAAUAAAUACUAUUAAAAGCAAUUGGAAUAAUUAUUAUACUUGCCAUUAUUGAA